CCUAACAUCCUGGUAACUAACAGUCGUCGUGACGAAUAUAAUGGUAUCUGUCAUCAUGGCGGCGAACACUAAGUUGUUGUGUGAACAAAAUAAGAGAAAUUUGCAAGAAAUAUGUGACACAAAUGGUAGUUCUGAAUGCGAUGAUAGCGAUAAAGAUCCAGACUACAGUUUUAACGAAGAGAUUGGCAAGAAAAAGAAACAUCGUAAGAUAUGGCCUACACCUUUGCCCAACAACAAUACUAAUGCAGUAUCUGGUGAACCUGACAAGGAAAACUAUGUUCGAGGAAGAAAAAGGAAACGCGGAUGUAACAUUGAUCAGCGACAACAAAACAAACGGAACAGUGGUCAAUCAUAUACUUGUAAAAGAGGAAAGGGAAACGUUAUACUACAAAAAUCGAUGGGAGAAGAUUGUUUGUGCAAAAGAAAAUGUUUUGAGGUAGUAUCAGCAGACGAAAGGAAAAGUAUUUUUCAGAAGUUUUGGGAGAUAAAUAAUUUUAAUACCCAAAAUGCGUAUUUAUUUGGAUGCAUGCAGAUUAAAAUAAGGCCCGCAGUACCAAACCAAAGGACUCGCCUUCCCGAAGGAGUCACACUGUCGAAUAUUUAA